AUGGCCUUCAUUAAAGCAGUCACAGUCGCCUCUCUGGCCCUGACGUCAACUGUCGCAGCACAGUCAGCCAACCCAGGUCUCGGAGUCAACAAGAAUGCAACGGGAGCAACUGAAGAGGUCACCCCCGGUGCCGGUCCAAACGGCUCCGAAGACUGGUUGAACACUGGAAUCGAUGGUGAUGGCUGGAACCCUCCCUUCAUGGCUCUCGACGACAUUGUCCUCAUCGACAUCGACUCUUACUACAAUGGAAUCGGCUCGGCUUGCCAGCAAUACGACCAAUACUUCCAAAGUGCCGGCUCCCAGUACAAUGUCGACCCAGUGAUCCUGGCUAUCAUUGCCAUGCAGGAAUCUUCCUGCAACGCCGACGCCGGCGGCCCGACGCCGGGCCUGAUGCAAGUGUCCUGCGAGAACUAUCCUAAUGGCCAGUGUACCGACAGCAUUCAAGACAACGUCAACGCUGGAACCAACUAUCUCGUGAGCCAAAUCAACGGAUCCAACGGUAAUGUCAUUGCGGCCUUUGGUUCCUACAACGGAUGGUUCACUGCCGGAAGUGGAUUGAACAACAACAAGGGUUUGACUGCUGAUUACCCUUGCUCUUCUGAAGGCCAGUCCAACGGCCAGCCCCAGAACCUCGAUUACAUCCACGAAAUCUUCAACGGCUGGAUGAGGAUGCUGCAGCGGCGUGCGCCCUCUAAGGGCUCGCAUCUCCGCCAGGUUAGUGCCGCUAGCUUGGAAAGCACCUCGUCCAUUCACUCUCCACCAGCUCCAGCUCCAGCCACGGCGAAAUUGGAUAAUCCCCUGUCCGGAGGCCUCUAUCGCCAGCUCUGUACGCUUUGGAUCCAUGAUGAAACCUUUUCAAAGGAUGAAUUUCUUUUCAAUAAUUCGGCUUUUGCCGAUUCCGGGAUCACACCCGGCGAUGUACUCGAAAUUGUCUGUGUGGACCAUUCAGCAGAGCUGGCCUCGAGGAAACCACUUAGUGAGAGCAUCAUUGAAGGCGAGGCGACUACACAUCCCAGCAUUUAUGCAAAAUUCUCUUCGCCAGUCCAAAGCCGGUGUCUGUUUGUAGUAAAGCCUAUGCCUCAGGACAUCAGGCAACGUCAGCCGAAAUUGGAGAUAUCCGUAACGCGGGCCGUUGCGAACAUCUUUGGCUUCAAAAACGGAUGCCAUGUUAUGAUAUCCCAAAUAGAGCGUUCGCAGUGUUCCGCGUCCCACGUUGAUAUCUCCUUCCGUGACCAGUAUCUGGUGCGCGCAGAUAUGUGGCGAUUGGUCACAUCAGAAUUGGUCAACAAGACUGUUUACAAGGGGCAGAAAAUUCUUUCCAUGGGGAGUGUUAGAGCGACUGUGAAAAAUAUCUUCAUUGGAGGGAAAAAGGUUCUGUCAGGGUACUUCGCUCCUGGUACGAUUCCUGUCUUUCGAAGCGAGGCUGCCAGAUAUGUCGUCUUUAUCCAAAUGUCAAAAGAAAUGUGGGACUUUGACGCUGAAGGUACAGGUGAUAUUUUGUUUAGCAGGGUCAUUAAUGGAUUUUUACCCGAACUAUUCAAGCGCUGGGCCAACAUUGACGCAAAGCAUCUGGUUACUAUUGUGCUCUUCACUCGAGUCGAAUACGACAUGCCUGUUGAAAAGGGGAUGGAACACUUGAAAAACCUAUCAAAUCACAACAGCGUCCCAACUCGGGACUUUUAUCGAGUUGUUGUCAAUGAUAUUGCAAGCGGACACUGGACGGCGAUUCUCGACGAGCUCAAGAAGAACUUUCGCACAUUCUUGAGAGAUGUUUCAAUCCAGAAAUUCGGUAGCUCUGCUGGCCCUAGUACGACAAAGCAAGCACCGUCGAUCUCAGGGCGUCCCACGGCUGCCAUAAGGGGCAAUAUCCUCGAGGCUAUUCAUCUAGCGUCAUCGCAUCUGUCACAUGAACACAUCGAUCGCGACAUGGCCCGCACAGGGCAUUCGAUUGUUGUAAUAACCCCUGGAUCUGGACUUUUCGAGGUUUCCUACGAGUCUCUGGCUGCCACCACUGAUGCUGUUACUAGCAUUGGAAUUGCCAUUGACCUCGUCAGUUUGAGCCCUAUGCCACUUCAUUCUGUUCCCCUGUUCAAGUACAAGAAUCCUAAGGAAAAGCAAACCGACUGGCGCCUCAGCGCACCUCCUGGUGCUGGAUCCAUGGAGACCCGCCCCUCUACCGCAAGCUUUGGUUCGCCACCGUUUUCUCUCAAAACAGCGCAGUUUGCCUCAUUUGCGCGGCCUUUAUCACGAGAUAUGUUACCUGGUCAGUCCAAGGAGUGGAAUUAUGGGAUCCCACAUUGGCUUGAUAUUUCGUUUUGGAAUCCCGCCACUUAUAAAGAGGAUCGGCGAAUCACGAAGAAUGAUAUGAAUGCCCCAAUUCCGUUUACUGUUAACAAAAGGGCUAAACAGUUUGUACCUCGGGUACGGCUGUACGAGAUUCAGAUGAUGGGCAUCAUGGAAAGUGAACAGUCCAACAUCUCGAUCCCAUAUCUAUCCGAAAAGAACUUUGGUUUUCAGAGGACUGAUUCGAAGCCGCAUUCGAGAUCUGCCACUCCCCGCACCGGCCAUCAUUCACUCUCUCCAGGCUCAUCUUACAAGGGUCAACUAAGUGACAGUCUAAGACCAGAGGAGUUUCUGCCCAGCUUUUCGAAUCACAGAAAUCUACUGAUAAAUAGCGCGGCAAACCAGCAUAAGAAAAUGAGCAAUUGGAUGGACGAGUACGACGCAAAUGUGUUUGUUCCAUUCCCUAAACAGCGCCCCAUUCGCAAGUCUGCAAAGGCGAAACGCCUGAUAGAACCAGAAAACCAGACAUCUCGAGCGCAAGACCGUCUCUCCGCGCGGUCCAUUACAGGGCUGCGAGAGCGUAGUGAGCAUGAGCUGGAACGGACAAUUUCGGGGCAAUCAAGCCCACGUGCAAAAAGCGGUAAAUCAUCACCUAAAUAUCCUGCCCUGGGUACCAAGGACCAUCCAUCAAUGAAGUCUUCAAUCAAACCCACCCGCACUACUCCCAGGAUUUCGCGCUCUAUCAGCUUUGCUCUGCGUGGACUGGGUAUUCCUCCCCCGCGAGCUCAGGCUAGUACUGAAAUCAAUGCCGAACACGCUCAGGGUCGUGCUACACCGGCUAGAACAUCUUCUUCGAAUCCAAUAGUGGACCUUGAAGGCCAAAAAAGACCAUCAACUUCAACAACAAGCACGACUGAUGACACUUCUUCGGUUCGUAGUGUUCACCUUUCGCCCCAACGCUCACCUACACCUAAAGCGUCUACCGAAAAUUUGGAAAUAUCUCAACCCCGUCCAAUCUCGCAAGCGCGACCUAUAUCAAUCAAAAGCGUGAGCAAGAGACCGCUUGAUGAUUCUCGAACGGAUCGCAGCGGUGCUGAAAUUCCUGUACCCACGGCUAUUGAACCACAGACAGCAACGGGGACUAUUGGGGCUACCAAUGGACCAUUCCCUAUGACAAGGGGUGUUUUAAAGCAUGAAGCAGGAGGAAGUCGAGAUAUGCCUGCAACCAGCAGCACAUCACCUAGCAAGACUCUUGCUCCCUGGGUUAGGUCCAUUAACCCAUCAAAUGCGCCAAGGGCUUCUUUGAGAGAUGCAAGCUGGUUUGGUCGCUGGCAGCAUGCUUAUCCACGACCACCUCAUGUUGCUGUCGUUAAAUGGAAAAGUUUGAAAACUCCUGCAGUCUUGCCUCUAACGACGGAAGAGUUCCCCUCACCAAAAGAGCUGGCGACAAACUACCUGGAGACUCCAUAUAGAGUUUUUCCUAACGAGGACAACGAUUCAAGCGAUAUGCUUCGAGGGCAGGACGCCAUUUUACGGGAGAUGAUUGCACUAAGACUUUCCCAUGGCUUUCAAAUCGUGAUUGGGAGUGCCGUGGCAGAAGCUACUGGUCAGCCUUUUCUUGAGUUCUUGAACGUCUUUGAUACAAAAGACCUUGGAAAAGAUGAUGCCACGGUGAUCCUCUCCAAAGGCAAUAUAAUCCACAGAUUAUCCUGUGUCGCAGGUGGGGAAAUAGAAGUUACAAGAUUCACUCGUCUGUCAAAUGUUUCAGACCUUGAGAAAAGCCACUCGCCCACGUAUACCUUGGCAAUCCGAACGAUCCUUGCCAAGACAUAUGACCUGAGCGAAGUGAAACUGCUUUCUUCUGCCGAAGAGUACAACUGGAAUUAUGCAGACAAUUAUAUUGCCGGCCAUAGAGACCAUUUGAUAGACCCAACCAGGCAGCUGCGGUUCUGGCGAGUUCGGUUUGUUCUUAUUCCCAUGCACUUGCCUCCUCACACACGGCGCCAUUUCAACGAAGACAACGAGGAGGAAAUCCACCUGCUUGGUAUUAGUCAAUUGACCAACCUGUGGCAACGCAACAAAUACAUACCGCCGGACGAGAAGCGCUUUCAAUCUUCUGGUCGCAACAACCAAAAGGACCAAAACCCGUUGAAUAUUCUGUACCAAACACAGAAUCCAUCUGAAAUAGUUGGUGCCGAGUUCAACAGACUGUUGCUUACUGAUCCGCAACUCGAUAACCCGCCUGCCCAGUUACUGCCGGAUUCAGAGCUGCUCGAGAGGUCUGACUUUGGUCCAGCUUCCCUCAUAGAGCUAGCCCAUAUUAUACAAGGAGAAAAGGGGGCGCGUUUGAUGGAUCGAAGGUGGCAUUUGCGGUUGCAUUAUAGUUGCCUGGUUGGCUCCGAGUUUACGACCUGGCUUGUGCAGACGUUCCGGGACAUCGACAAUCGAGAAGAAGCCGUAAAGUUUGGGAAUGAGCUCAUGAGACUGGGACUGUUUAUCCACGUCGAGAGAAGACACAACUUUCGAGAUGGUAACUAUUUCUAUCAAAUCGCGAGUCAGUUCCGGGUUCCACGCCCAGAAUCGAAGAGUGGAUGGUUCCCAGGUCUUGGAAAGUCAGACAGUUCUGUUCCAGCUACGCCAUUAGGAGACAUUUCUGCCAAAGACCCACCCGGUGUAUUAGAGCAAGCAAAAUCGGAGAAACCUGAAGAGACAACCGCAUCUACAACGGACACCCCUCCAAAGACCAAGAACAAGGUUACCAUCAUGCUAUCCAAGACUAUGAAAUACGACGUGGAUCCGCGCAAACGCUCCAAUCGACCAGAAGUCGUUGACCUCCAUUACGACAGGCUGCACAAUCCAGAGAACUGUUUCCACAUUGAACUAAGUUGGAUGAGCGCCACUGCGAAGCUGGUCGAAGACGCGGUAGCCUCGUGGGCCUCAACUGCAGACAAAUACGGAUUGAAACUUGUCCAAGUGCCCAUCGCAGAAGCAGCAGCCACAGUUAAAGCACAGACAUUCAGGAGACUAUAUCGUGUGAAGUUGUGUGUUGAACCGCCACCUCCUCCAAUGGGAUCUCUUACAUUCGGGGCCACAUCUUUUUCACAACGGGAUAGGCAUUUUUACCAGAAAGCAAUCCUCCGCAAGUUUGAUUUUGUCCUUGAUUUUGAGGCAGCAUCUUCUUUCCCGCGGGACGUGGAAGUUUUAUAUUCGUGGGGGAAACCAGAAUAUCAAUACCCGCAAUACAUCCACCAAUCAGGCUGUCUUUUGGCUCAAAUCUCCGAUGAAGGCGAUUUCAUUUUCCUUGCCAACCGGCUAUUCAGCACGAAAAGCGCAGCCGGCGGUGGUCGCGACACGGGCCAUAUUCAUCACCAUCAUCACCAUCCUAAGUUCGACCGCGGCGAGCGCGGCGGUAAUGACUUGCACCACCGCGCGCGCGCAAGCACGUACUCGUACGAUCCAAUGUUCUCGCCUCGUUUGUCGCCCUUGGUCCGACCUGCCGGAGAUCAUUCAUUCCUCCAGCACACAAACAACAUACCCAAUUUAACCCUCAAUCCACAGCCAACAUCUGCUUCUCCUUCAUUCAAUCCAACUUCCAGUCCCGUACUCGACACUUCAAAUCUGUACAAAACGCCCGAAUAUUUGAAAACUCAAGUCGAGGAAUUCUGCAACGACCCGGACCGUUUACAGCAGUUUUAUGCAGAGGAGCCUACGGUCAUUGUUCGUCCUGGCUCGACGCGUCUGGGCCCGAUGACUACAGCUACCACCACCACAACAACCGCUGCUAUUACUGCUGCUGCUGGUUCUACUACUAAUAUGCCAUCUUCUUCGUCGGCGACAACAAGCUCGGCAAUAAUGGAGGCGUCGAUCCCGUCGCUGGAGUUGCCUGCGAGCCUGGUUGGUCAUCCUACACCGCCUCCGCCGGAUCUGGAUACUGGUCAGCCUGAUUCUUCGACUACUGCUGCUCCUCCUCCUUCUCCUCCUCCUCAUCCUGGUACCUCUACGUCUGCUGCUCCUUCUGCCCCCGAAGAGAGAGAACCAGACCAGUCGGAUAUUAGCAACAGCAGUACCAGCAACAAAAGUCCGAGUCUAAAAAGCGGCGAUCUAAAGCCUAUGAUCUGA